UCUCGUCUCUUAUUGUAAAACGCUUCGACCCGGUUGGAGGAAAUUCCCGGAUCCUUCUCUUGUUUCAUCCUUUCCACACACCAUGCUUCUUCGCCUUGUCCGCACUAAACUAGCCUGCCACGUUACUACCAUUAGAAUCCCAACCACAGCCGCAGCCGCAGCCGCCAGCCCUCCCAGUCUCCUCCAUCUCCCAUUCCACCGCCCCAUCUCCUCCAUCAACCCAAACGAUUCAUCAUCCCUAACGGUCCAUUUCCUGCAGAAGUCAUGCGGCCUCUCCUCCGAAGCCGCCCUCUCCGCCGCCAACAAAAUCCAUCUAAAAACCACCAAAAACCCCCGCUCUGUUCUCACCCUCCUCGAACGCUUCGGCUUCUCCAAACCCGACAUCACCCGCAUCGUCUCCAGGCGUCCCCAGCUCCUCGUCGCCAGCCCCGACCGCACCCUCCAGCCCAAACUGGACUUCUACGAGGGCAUCGGCCUCUCGGGCGCCAACCUCGCAAGGCUUCUAUCAAGAGUUCCCGGACUGCUGCUUUGGAGCUUGGAGAAACGGCUGCUCCCAAACUUCAGUCUCCUCAAGGCCAUACUCCACACCAAUGAGAACGUCAUCUUAGCUUGCAAGAAAUGCCCUCGUCUGCUUACCUCCGACCUCUCCAACGUGUUGCUUCCCAAGUUAGAAAGCUUGCGAGACUACGGCGUGCCGGCGUCCGUAAUCUUCACCCUGCUCAUCACCCACCCGAAACCUCUGAUCGAAACAGCGGAUCAGUUCGAGAAGACUUUUAACGCGAUCAAGGGGAUGGGCAUCAGUCCUUCGACUUCCAUGUUCGCCCAUGCACUAGGGGUGUUCGCUCAAUUGCACAAAACAACAAUAGAAAGGAAGUUGGAGAAUUACCUGAGCUUGGGCUGGACGCAGGAGCAAGUCCUCGAGGCAUUUGCGAAGCAUCCCUACUGCAUGACGGCGUCCGAUGAGAAGGUGAGGAGAAACAUGGAGUUCUUCGUGGAGAAGCUCAAGUGGGAGCCGGCCUACGUGUCGGCGAAUCCAGUGGUUCUGUCGCUUAGCUUCGAGAAGAGGAUUGUUCCGAGGUGUUCGGUUUUGGAAAUGCUAGCGUCCAAGGACUUGGUAAAGGGCGAUGUGAAAGCGCGGCACCUGAUGAUGGGGGAGAAGAAUUUCAUUAAGAAUUAUGUGAUCAAGUACAAGGGUGAAGUUCCGGAAGUAGUUGAUGCUAUGGGAGGUAACAAGUUGGGACUUGUAGUUUGAAGCCUGGGAGAUGAUGGGAAUGAGCAAUUGGAUUGAGCUUAAUGGCAAUGGCUGAUACUCUUGUCCUUCAUUAAUGUCUUUUGAAUGGACUGCAACAGCACAAAGAGAUUGUUUCCUGCUUUGCUUCACCCAAAGCUUGCUUUGUGAUUCUUGGACUUGCUUUAUUUUCAGUCAACUUGGACUGGAUAAAAAGUCAGAUUUAAUUGUUUUGUUUCUUCAUUAAAAUGUUUGGGCAGGGGAAUAGAAAGUUGGGAGUUGGCAUGCCUUCUCAAAUUCAGAGACAACUUCACUUUUAUUACCCAAGUGAAAACGGUGUCAUGCUCUUCGGUAUUCUUUUUGAUGGAAUUGUGCCAUAUUCUUUAUAG